AUGCCGUUCAAGGUCGGGUCUGUGUCUGUAAUACAGUCGCCUCUUCCGCCUCCCGAGCAAGAUGACAAGUACGACAAUGCAGAAUACAGUAUUACUGUGCUCAAAAAAGGACACAGAAAAAACCAAGAAUCAGCCCCUUUUCAAGCAGAUACAAUAUUUGAGAAAGAUGUUCAAUUUACUCUGCGUGAUGGCGUGCAUAUCAGGGCGGAUAUUUUCCGUCCCGUCAAUGACGCUGAGAAAGUCCCCGCUCUUGUGGCUUGGAGUCCCUAUGGAAAGACAGGAAGAGGCUUUUUCUGUCUUGAUUUGUUGCCAGGGAGAGUAGGCGUGCCCAAAAGCCGUCUCUCUGACUAUGAAAAGUUCGAGGCCCCAGAUCCUGCCGAAUGGACUGCUCGUGGCUAUGCAAUCGUCAAUGUGGACGUCAGAGGCUCUUGGGACUCCGAAGGCGACCUAGUCUGGUGGGGGAGAGCCGAGGGAAAAGAUGGAUACGAUGUUGUCGAGGAACUUGCGCGGCUUCCAUGGUGUAACGAGGCCGUCGCAAUGGUCGGCAAUUCGUGGCUGGGCAUCGCUCAGUGGCUUAUUGCUGCUGAAAGACCUCCCCAUCUGAAAUGCAUCGCGCCGUUUGAGGGAGCUAGCGACAUUUAUCGUGAGAUUAUUUGUCGCGGCGGUGUACCAUGCAAAGCGUUUAUCCGAUUUCUAGCUCAGCAGAACUUGGGGAGAGGGAAACAGGAGAGCCUUGUCUCAAUGAUUGAGAAGUCUUCGCUAAUGAACGACUACUGGGCAGACAAAAGGGCCAAUGUGAGCAACAUUAAUGUGCCAAUAUACGCAGUGGCUAGUUAUUCGACCGCGUUACACACAUUUGGGUCAUUCAGAGGCUACAGUGAGGCGCCCGUAAAGGACAAAUGGCUCCGUGUGCAUGCUACUCAAGAAUGGCAUGACCUCUACCAACAAGAGACGAAUGACGAACUCCAGCAGUUCUUGGAUCGCUACACUAAAGGCAAGGAUAACAGCUGGGAACUGACUCCAAGGGUUCGUGUUUCCAUCUUACGCUACAACAAGGUAAUGCAUAACUCCCAAUUGCUUUUACUCCUGAGCCUCCUGACUGACUUUGCGUUAAAGGAACCAAUCGUAAACCAUGUUUUUCCAGCAUGGCCAAUCCCGGCCACCAAGAAUGAGCAGCUGUACCUGUGCCCGAACCAAGUGCUUUCCAAGGCUGCCCCAUCAUCAGAGUCACAAGUCUCUUACAAGUCCGAUGUCCCGUUCAUGCAAAUGGACAGUGACUCUGAGGAACUCAAGUUUGAGUACACUUUCAGCGAUGCUGUAUAUCUUGUAGGAAAUGCGCAAGCAACCUUGUACAUGUCGUGCCCAGACCACGAUGAUUUUGAUGUCUGCGUACAACUAAGGAAGAUUGAUGGGAAUGGAAAAGUCCUCCAGAACAUCAAUAUCCCGUCAAAGGAUUCGGGGAUUGAAGACGACGAUGUUGAGAGGAUCAAUUCUCUUGUCUACCUAGGACCCAGUGGGUACCUCAGAGCGAGCCACAGGGCAGUCGACUCUGAAGCAUCUAUUCCCAACUUUCCUGAGCAUGACUACACUCAGCAACAGAAGGUCAAACCAGGUACUAUCGUCCGGCUGGAUAUUGGGCUUUGGCAGACCGGAAUGGCAUUUGAAGCUGGCGAGGGGAUUAUGCUGAAAGUUUCUGGCCAUAGUAUGACACUGGCUGAGUUCCCUGUCCUUCGUGGCAACGAAAGCAUGGAGAAUGUUGGUACUCACCGCGUCCACCUUGGUGGUUCCACCCCCAGUUACCUUACCAUUCCCCUUGUUACAAUCUAG